AUGCACUCGCGCUCAGUAUCGUGUCAUAUUCAAUUCCAUCACCAUAUGGGGCCAGAGUGCCUGAUAACGAAGCUAUUUGUAAGAACUGAAGUGGACCAGACCAGAUGGCACUGCACAAGGUUACCUCGGCUCUCGCCAAGCGCCAAGCAAUCCGACCUCACCUCUUGCCCGUCUCCAAACAUCUUUCAGAACAUCCACGACCAACUUCCAAUGACCAGAGCCAUCUUGAAGAUCACAAAGCACAGGACAGUCCUCCAAGUACCUCUGAGACCUUUCUUUGUCCGCCCCUCCAAACGCACAAUGUCGUCGAACAAGACCAAAGCCCCUCCCAUCAUCGCCACAAGGACGUCAACCUGUCUUUGCAAGUCGGUGCAAGUACAAAUUACUGGUGAAGACAAGAAUGCUGUGCUCUGCCACUGUGAUAACUGCCGUCAAGCCAGUGGGAGCGCAUUCAUGCAUAAUCACCGAAUAAUGAAAAGUGAUAUCAAAGUGUUGAAGGGAGAGAAUCUGUUGAAAGUGUAUGAGGAUUCGGCGACAAAGAGCGGGAAUACGAUUUUCAGGCAUUUUUGUGGGAAUUGUGGUUCGCCACUUUGGCUCUCCAAUUCUGCGAUCAAGGGCUUCGCGGCCAUGAAUGUCGGCAACCUCGAUGAGGAAAAGAGACCGCCUUUUAUGGAGCUAUUCAAAGAGGGAAAACAUGCCUGGAUUGGAGAAGUUACUGGAAAGGCCAAGUUGUAACAUCAUUGCUGGUCCCCACGGGCAGAUUCGUGAACAGAAAUGGAAUGACACCACGUGCACCUCAAUGUUGCAUUUGCUCAAACUGAACGAUCGCC